UUUCUCUUUUUUUCUUUAAAUUUUCUUAUGGCAAAAAAAGAAACUUCAUUAUUAAGCCAAGGUCUUAUUGGUCUAUCUUGGACUAUUUUGUUUUUCUUUUUAGGUUCUUAUUUAGUGACUGAGACAUGGACUUGGGGAUACCGUGGAAAAUGGACGAAUAUUCAUACGUAUAUUCCUACAAAAGAGAAAAUGUUUACAGAAUCCGAAUUGGCACAGUACGAUGGUUCAGAUCCUACUAAACCCAUUUACUUGGCUAUUGAUGGUGACGUAUUUGAUGUGACCUUGGGUGGUGGUUGGUAUGGCAAAGGAGGCAGUUAUCAUCAUUUUUCAGGCAAAGAUGCAGCAAGAGCUUAUGUCACAGGUUGCUUUAAAGACCAUUUAACCCAUGAUCUACGAGGACUCUCUGAAGACCAACUUAAAGGAGUUGAACACUGGAAAAAGUUUUAUCAAAACCAUCAUACGUAUCAUAAAAUCGGACGCGUUUUACAUGAUCCUAUACCUGAAGAUGCGCCUAUACCAAAACCUUGUAAAACUUCAGUAGGGCAAAAACCUUAAUUUUUUUUAUAAAAAAGGGAGGAAAAUAAAAAUAUGUAUACUUUUUUUUUUUUCUUU